AUGGACCACAGAGAAGCAUUUAUAGCUACGUGGAUAAACUUUUUUCCAACUAUCAAGCCUCCCAAUACGGAAUUCUUACAAUUUUGUGGUUGCGGUGGUGAAAAUCGCUCGCAAGAACAAAUCUUCGAACGGAUCAAUUUAUGCAAAGAGAGACUUGAUAGUGCUUUAAACGUGUUAAAAAGUGAAGGAUUCAUUCUAAAAUGGCUCACAGAGAUACUAAAUACAAAAGACGUUUAUCAAAGUGAUUCCGAGCUCGUCAAAGUUUUGAAUAUGUUCUUCCCAAGUUCAUUUGAACCUUGGACAAUGCUUAUGGACACUGCCCCCAAAUCAGUUACCACAGAAGUUGCUACAGGCACGGAAUGUACAAGCGUUUCUAACGAGCCUAACGGCAACAACAGCAAGUUAUUGGACAACUGCGAUUUGAAUGAAGGGAGGAACAAAGCUAUUAGCGAAGUAGUUGAGGCGGGUUUUGCUGAUGGGUCGGAGCAAGCACUCGGCGGAAGUGAGGACGAGAAAUCAUUAGAGUUAGAUUUCAAUAACAAACGGGGGAUCACUGGGGUUCCUGGUAAAUUAUUUAGCAGUGAGAAUAAUGAAUUCGAUGAGGAAGAAUGUUCGUUGUAUGAUGAUCAAAAUACAACAGAGGGUAAUAAACUCUUAUCCAAUAACAAUACGGAAGAGAGAGUUGAACACGACGUAUGGCAAACAAUUUCACGUGAGGAAGAAAACCCUACGGGUUCAAACCCUCAAGACGAACAAAUCGUGGAGGAAAUGUCUCACGAGUCAAAUUCUCCUGACACGGAAAAGCCAGCUGGUCGUAAAGAUCGAACACUUGCGACUGUGUUUUCUCCACUGUCAAAGGGAAUCAAUAAGGCAAUACCAAAGGGGAAGUGGCAAUUGCCGCGUUCCCCAUUUAGCAGUUCUAAACAUCGAAGGAGUGACUCGAAGGAUAGCGCGGCAAGUUCUGAAGGAGAUGAUUUUUCCUCACAUCAUACGGAAAGUGAAACGCCAGAAAAUCUCGAUAGCGAAGUAUUGUCAGACGAUAGUGAAGUUCGUAUAAAGUUAAACGAUAUUUAUUUGACAAAUCAGGCGGAUAUUAUGGCAGGUGAAGGCGGAGGUUUUUGUUCGGGCGAGACUUCCCCGAUCGAGCGACACGGUGAUGUUGUCGAUUUCAAGGGACAAGGAAACUCAGAGGACAUCGAGGAAAACAAAAGCAUCGAAUCCGAGGGUGAUACACGUGGUGAAACAGCUGAUGAUUCAUCCGAUGUUAUUCUCGGAGUUGUGGAUGAACUGAUAUCUUACUUGGAAGGAAUUGAAGUCGUAAGCAGUGAUGAAUUUGAAGCAGAAGGGGAAUCUCCUCAUGAGGAGGAAGAAGAGCCUGAAUUUAUGUUAUUUGGUGGCGCUGUCAGACCACGGAAGCCUCAUCGACCCAGAAAACAACUAGGCUCUGUGAUGUCUAUAGGAAAUGUGAGUUUAAUGAGUACGGACUCUUGUGUGACUCCUUGGUCAAUAGAUGUUGCUGCUUCUGAAAUGCAAUCAGCUGAUUCAUCUGGGGAAGAAGACAGCGUGUCGACUGAGACAAGACCCAGUCCAGGUACCUCUCCUGGCUGUGGUCUCCCUAAUAUGGAGUCAAAAGAGAAAGUGGAAGCACCUAGCACCCCUCCACCCAAAAGGCCACCUCGUCGUAGUAAAACUGAGAGACUUUCUCGUACACUAGAAACACCAAAGAAGCUUACCAAGGCCAGUGUAAGUGGAGAUGACGAUGAUGACGUGUUUGGUAAAGGUAUGUCAAUUUCCUAUUAUUUUUGUCUUAAAUUAGUUUGUCAUGUGGUACUUAAUUUUUGCCAUGCAACAAACUCAACCUGGUCACCAAUACUUCCAAAUUUUCUUUGUUGUUUUGAUUGACCAAUGACCAGGUGAAUUUCCUUUGUUGUGAGUGUGUGUGGCCCGUGAAUUCUUGGCCAAUAAUAAUUAAUGUUUGGAUGACCCUGGUUGUGUGCAUAAUUAUGCCGUAAUAUCUAUGGUAUUUAUUUGGCAUAUUUUCCCUGGUUCACCAAGCUUAGGUAUCAGGUUUCUGAACAUGGAAGUCAGCAUAUCAUAGACUGCAGAUUCAUAGCAAUUAUGUGGACAAGUGAGUACCUCACCAAAGAGUGAGUUGAGUAUUAUAGAAGCCAUUGUCCAAGUCAAAGUAUGCUUAAAAAACGUCCUGGUCGGUAGUCGGGGCACGAUUUGAGUCUGUACCCAGCGGCCAGAUGAAUGAACUGGAAUGAUACAUGUAGUUUCUUGCUUUGGCAAGAACAGUGCACAUAAUAUUAUGAUCUCAACUUGCAUCUAAUGCUUUACAGUAUUAUUUUAACCAAAAAAAUGAAGCGCAAAUUUUGUAGUAUUUUGUUUUGAAAGUAAUAUUAUUUGUUGUUUGCAAUGAACUUUAAUAUAUUAUUAUUUUGCCAUCACAAGAGGGAUAACCGUGAUUAGCCCAGAGAUGUUUUUACUAAAACUAAUAGUUGCUAAAGGCCUGAUGAUGUAAAUUACUUGCAAAAAAUAAAAUCAAAUUCAAAAGAGCUGUACUUGUUUUUACAGUGAUAACAAUGCACUAUGUUAUACAGUCUAAAAGCAUAUUUAGUUUCUUAGUUUUUUUUUCAAGAACUAUUCUGUCAUUAAUUUAAAAUAAGGUCACAAAAUCGAUUUUUUUAAAGUUUAAAGACGUCGUGUACUGCAGCUUUUAGGUCAUCAAAUAUUAUCUUUCAGCAAAAUGUGCCCAGAUUAUAUUUUGUGAUUAUAGGAAAGAAAUAUCUAAUUUUAGAGUAGGUGCUUUGAUCUUUUUAUGUAAUGCAGCAAAUGGAAACUUAAAGUAAAUAACAACAUUGAGUUAAAAGUUAAAGAACUCUCUGUGGUCCCAGGGAAAUUGAAAUAAAAUUAUCUUUCACUUUGGGGUUAUUUGAAGUGGAUAGAAUGGAAAUGGUGUGGUCAGACACAGUGGUGAAACAUCUGGUACCAAAAGUUCAUAUAUUUUACUUUGAAUUUUUGAAAGUUGUUUUGUAUUUCUCGAUUUCCAGUACUGUUAACAUGAGAGUGAGAAAAAGCAUUGUAUUAUUCAUUAUCACCAGACUGGAAUUCUCCCUGGCUAUAAAGUUUGAUUUUUUUUUUUGCUAGUUCAAUUUAAAGCCAUUACAAAUAUCCAAUGAAUAACCUGCUGUUAAUUAAUUUUUAUGGUAAACAUGUUGAUCUUAAGAGUCUGAUACAUGUCACAAUAGUCUUUUAGGAUAAAAUAAGCACUCUUUUUAUGCUGAAAGAUAAACAACAAUUGAGAUUUAAAAGCUUCCAGAAUGCCAUUUUCACGUUUUUUUUUAUAAAUAUCAUGUUUUUGUAUUCAGCAUCAUCAGUCAGAUAGACAAGGUACAUGUAACUUGAAAAAUAAAAUGUUGGGUUAGGGUUAGAUAUUGUUAUGUUUUAUAUUGUCUUAUUGAUUUCCUAUUAGUACAAAUAAAUCAAACCUGUUUGCCUCUAUGUCAUUUUAGAGGAAAUUUCAUUUGUCAUUACACAAUACUGUACAUAUAAAGCCCUUUGAAAGUUAGGGUUAGUUCAGAAAAUAGCCUCCAUGUAUGGAACCAAUUUAUUAAAAAUUUUCCUUUUUCAAACACCUGAUCAUGCAACUACUUGAUGUAAAAAGAAAAAUAAAAAAUAUAUAUUUCUGGCAACAUAUUCAUUUGUACAAGUUGUACAAAAAGUUAAUAUGCUUUCAAUUUUUUUUCAUGCAACUUUAAUUUUUUUUUGUUCAUCAUUACUCUAUGACAUACAGUGGAUAUUGUUUUAUAUAAUAAACAAGGCUUCUGAUAUUCUGUGAUGUUACUAUUUCACAUAGUCUUGACCUCAAAUUGCGACUUUUCACAGAAUUCAUGAAAUAUUGCAUGAUUCACAAAGAAAUGCUAAACUCUAGUAAAGUAAACAAUGAAUUGUAACUUUAAUUAUACAUUUUCCCAGUCUUAAUGUUAGCUGAGGUGAUUUACCACUGAAGAAAGCCUUGCAAAACAUCUGAAACCUUCAAUUGCGGUAUCUAUUGGGCACAGGCGGCCCAGACUCUGUGGGAGUUCAUUAGACUGAAUUUAUAAGAGAAAGUAUGAAAAUAAACAAAAUACAACUUAAAUUCCAUUUUGUGACAAAAAUAGAAAUUAAAAUGACUCAACUUGUGUUUUUGUUUUGUUUUUUACUGUUUCUUUGCUUCUAGAGCCAUUUAGAAGCCAUUUUAUAGAUGUUUAAGAUUUUGAGUUGUACUAACUCUUAAUUUGUUAGUUUAAAACCCGGUUAAACAAUGUUAAUUGGCCCUGAAAAAAUUGCAUAAUUUAUCGCAUAAUAGGCUUUUGUUAUGGCACAAUCUGCCCUGAAAAUGCUGCUUUAUUUCUGAAUUUUGAUCGCACUCUAUCAGAUUAAAGCAUCCUGUUUCCAUUCAAGGUAUAGGCCAGGUACUCAGAACAUAAUAUACUCUUAAUGGUAAUAAUUUUUUAUAUUUCAAGAAAAAGGGUAUUAAAUCAUAUUUUACCCUUGAAAAAUUCUGGUUGAUUUUGUCAGUUUCUAGUCGUUAUCUAUUUCUAAAAUUAUCUGCUUUUACCUACUUGCACACCAUGUUUGACAAUAUUAUUAAAUCUAGGACUUGCAAGUAAAAUACUGACCUCAUCAUCAUUGUCUCAAGUUGAUGAUUCAUGAUGAGUCCUUGUUACAGUUGUUUGAGUUGAUCUUUUUCCUCCUUCAGGGGAUCUUGAGACCCUAAACCGUUCAUCAGAGGUCACUCGCUUUCCAAAGAGAAGCACCAGUGAGCAAAUUCGUCCACGAAGCCAGAGUACUGACAAUGAAGAUCACAAGAAACUGCGUAAAGCCAGAGGUGCUCAUGUAGUGAUUGGAGAGAACAAUGUUGAUUUUCCUUCAUCUCCUGUGAGUUCCCCAGGAGGAAGUCCUGCAAAACAUGUACGUGUGAGUACUUAUUUUAUUAGAUGUUCUACCCUGUAAUGUCCAAUGGAACUGUUAAAACCCCCCAUUUUUUACUAAGUGUUAAUAUGGUACUGUUCUAGGCUUAGCUACAUAAUUCCAGAAUUUUGGGGGGAAUUUCAAACAUCAUAAAGAAUUUUAGAAAAUCUCAGGAAUUUUAGGAAAAAAUUGACAAAUUUGAGAAUUUUAGAGCAAUUUGAACUUUCACCUGACAUGUUGGUAACAUUUCACAGGCAAAAAUGUUGACAGAAAGUUGAAAAGAGAGGGGCCAGUCCGCUCAUAUCCUACAUACAACAGUGUCUAUAGCAGGGUUUGAGCCAGGCCGCGCCAUUGCGCCAAUCCCGCACUGGAAUUGAAAUUGUCCCUUAAAAAAACGGCCAAGGGGACAAUUUGUCCCCUUCAAAAUUUAGGGAAAAAACUCGAAAGGUAGCACACACGAUCCAAGAGAUUUAGUUCAGUACAGACAUUGCAAGCUAAAACAGAAAGUGGAAAAUAUAUUUCAUCGCACGUUUAAAGUUCAUUCUAAAGUCACCUUUCAGUCACGCUCUACUGAACACGUACGUGUCAUGCUCUAACCAAGCGUGGUGAACGCACCUGGCAGUCUUUAACAUGUCACAUCGAAAACAUGUUCGAACAUUAGAACACUUUUUUCGCUCCAAAUCAAAGCUAGAGUGAAUCAGAGAAAAAUGAUACAGAAGAAGAACAGUGUAUUAAUCAGGAAGAAACGGAUGAGGAUCGAAGGAAACCGAAAAAUUCACGAACUUUCCAGAAAACUUGGUUGCGAGAUCACACAUAGUUGCGCUAUGAAAAGGAGGCGUACAUCUACCAGUUAUUAAGAAAGGAAUUGAAGUUUACAAGGGGAUGCCUGAACGAGAUUCUGCUGUGAAAUUUUUUGAAGUAUAAAGCAUAGUCAUUGAUCCUCUGUUUAAAUAUGACGAGAAAAAAAAGUCUCGACACCAAUAACUUAACUUUUCUUGUUUGUAUCACUUUUCUUGUAUUACAAGGAUCAGGUAAAAAAAAAGGUUUUUGUUGGCUUUCCUGUAUAGCCACAUAUUUAGCCACAGCGUAAAAAAAAUGUUGAAUAACAAUUAAUUUGUCUGUCCCCCUAAAAAUAAAAAUGUCCCCCAAAAUUUUAGACAAGGGGACAGAUUGUCCCCCAGUGAUCAAAUCCUAGCUCAAACUUUGUCUAUAGCACUGAGGACAGCAGUUUUUCAUCACAGUCAUCUGCACUACAACUUAUCAGCAGUUAUUCACCAAAAGGGGUCGUACAACUCAUUAAUGCUUCUUGUUAUAUCGCUAUAGAAAAAACAAAAUUUUUAAGAGUUUUUGGAGAAUUUUAGACAUUUCUAAAAGUAUUAGAGAGCUUUUUUGGGAAAAUUCCAGAAAGAAGUUUACACAAUUUUUCGAGAAUUAUGUAGCUAAGCCUAUACUGUUCUAGUAUGUGGCCACUUUGGGUUAAAGUUUAGGUUAAACAUUCAAGUAUUUGGCUCAAAUUGCCUUGUCAUUUGGACCUUCAACUCACCCAAAGAGCAUCAAAAUUUUUUUUUUUUUUGGCCAUCUGUUUUGCAUCAACUGGGCAACUGUACAAACUGCUUGGUGUUCCUUACAAGCUGUUUGAAACUUAGCCACUUAAAAAAGAGUAGAUUUAAGAGGUUGAGGAAGAGUAAUAGCAACCUGGAGAUUUUGACUGCGGGCAACGAGGGAACCCGCAAUGAUUUAGUUUGAUAUUCAUGUUCAUUGUCAUCUCUGCUAGGAAACUUGUGAGGAUGACGAGGCUAGUAAACUGCACAAGAGGAAAUGGGUUGUGGCUGCUGUGCUGGAUAGUGAGAAGGGAUAUCUAGAGUGUCUUAACUUAUUAUACAAAGUAAGGCCUUUAUUUCCUGAUUUUAAACAGUUUUGCUUGGGAGUUUGCUUAAGUGUAAGCUUGAUUCACAUUUUUGUACACUGAUUAAUGAGACAAAAAGGAGCAUUGUACGAUGUAACAGUUCAUUGUUCUCGCUCUAUAGAAGAGGUUUUUACCUGAGGUUUUUUUCGUCAUGGAUUCAAAAGGUUUAAACGUUAUGGUAGGAUAAACAACUCCAGAUGAAAGUGUUGCUCAUAAGUUAAUCAAGGCUUAUAACUGCAACCUCAUCUCUCUCUCGUAGUACAGCACAGUGUAUGUAAUGUAGGAAAGCAUUAAUUCAAGGAGGGGGAACCCUUACUUUCCCUUUGGGUGUAUCUUUCAUCACUUUUUAGACUGUAGAUCUCCACAGCUUUAGCAAUUCUUUUUGUCAUUGUUUGGUUCCUAUAUCUUUGCUUUCACUAAGGUAAUAAGACAACUGUGUAACAAAUUUUAAUUGAACCAUCACCCACCAUUAAAGAGGGAGAGUGACAAAAACAUUUAUUUUUUGAUUUGCGUGCUUAAAAAUAAUUUGGCCUGAUGAUCAUUCAGUUCAAAGAUAUCAAUCCCAUCAUUUACAUAAUUAUAAAUCUUGUAUAGUGCGUGCUAAUUUCAUGUAAUUCAUUUGCCUUUUUUUUUCCCCCCUCAGCAUAUGAAGCCUUUGAAGCUAUCUAUCGAGUCUUCUGCUCCAAUCUUGACACUGGUGGACUACAAUAAAAUAUUUCAUAAGCUGGAUGAGAUUUAUACCAUUCACAAUGUGUUUUAUAAUGACCUUGAGUCUCGAGUCUCACAUUGGAAUGACCGGCAUCUCAUUGGGGAUUUGUUUUUGAGUUUGGUGAGUAGGUGUAUGUAGGAUUCAUUGGUUGGUGUUUAACUUCAGAGCAGGCUUAUACUGAAGGUUUUCAAGCACUCAAAGUUCCAAGCUCAACUUAUUUCAAAGUAGACUUUUGGCAACCUUAAGUAAAAGAUAGAUCGCCAGAGAUGAAAUAUUGGUUGCCAGAAAAGAAAAAAGACACUCUGCCAUAUUACGUGAAGAGUUAAACAGAAAUAAUCAAAAUGCCUGCCCAACUAUUGCAACUGGACUUUGAGGUCCAUGCGGUAUCUCAAGACGUAAUGACCAGACAGCCAGGGUGAAAAAAGUGAAUUACAAACAUACAAGUCAUCAGACUGUUGAAACCUUCACUACAAUUUUAGUCGCCAAAAUUUUGUUUAAUCGCCAUGACAACUAAAACAGUCAUGGUGGACCACACUCUCCUCUCUUUUGGCAACAAUAAUACUGCACUCACUUUAGAUUAAUAUGCCUGCAGUGCAGACUAGUCGGUGUUUAAAGCCAUUUCAUGGUAAGAAGGAAAAGCUUGUUUGCAUUUGUGUUUUUUCCUCUUCUCAUAAUGCCACAAAUUCCAUUCUCUCUUUUUCCUCUCCCCUGUCCCAAGUCUCACUUCCUUCUGUUUACCUUCCCUGUCCCUCUUUACUUCCACCAUCCCUGCCUGCUGGGUAUAAGGGUUCCUUUGCUCCUCCAAACCCUCAUGAAAUUCCAUUUAUUUAUUAGAUUCUUCCUUUCUUUUUAAAAGUCUGCUUUGGAAGUACCCCUUCCCCUUGGAAUUUCUAAUGUCAUCACAUGAGGUUAUGGUGAGAGUAUUGUAACAAAUGUAUCCUGUUAUACCAAAAGUUACCCUGUUGUUAUUAUUGUCUCUGUCAAAGAAAUAUGUUUCAAUGUUGUCCCAUUAAAAUUAUUAUAAUAUUAUUAUUAUUUAUACAGGUGGAUCAGUUUGAUGUCUAUAGAGAAUAUAUAUUAAACUACAAAAUUGCUCUGUCAACCAUACGUAAAUGCAAAGCCAGCAAUGAACAGUUUAAUAACAUUUUUUCCAAGGUAUGUGAGCAUUUUUGCAUUUAACUAUGGCUGACCAGUUAAUAUUGGCUAUAUUUAAACAACAAUAUUAACCAACAUAAAAAAUAUAUAUAUAUCUUUCUUUCACUUUCAGGAACUCAGUGUUGGUUCCAUUCAAGAAGUUACAACUUUAGAAGGUGGGUUAAGGAAGGCAUUGGGAGCAGUGGAGGGGUUGCUGAUCAUUAUUUGAGUAAAGUCCAGUGUCUUGUAAAAUACAUUUCUUUAUAUGAUGCACUGUGCAGUCACUUCUCGUUUGGUUCUGUGAUUUUAAAGUAAUUAAGUCAACACAAAGAAAACUCAAGUUUCUGCCUUCUACUCCUUCAAACAGCCUUGAUCUCACUGUACAUCACUUCUGCCCUCUAAAGUUAGUCUCAGUGUAGAAUGAAAUACUCAAUGAUGUGUGACAUCUUUGCUGUCAUGAUUACAUUUCAGGCCUUUUUAGUAAGCCAGUUGAAAGAGUUGGUAGAUACAUUGUUGCUCUGGGGGUGAGUUGUUUAAUAAUCUUAUUAUGCUACCUUCCUGUUGGGUUUAGUCCAGGUUAGCACAUAAAAUUUAGUGGCAAUGAAUAUUUCAAACAUAACUGCUUAAAAAACAGAAAUGAAAAAUUAUGCAGCGUGCAAAGAAAGUAGUGUCCAAUAGCCUAGGGCUAGUGAUGCUAGCUUCAGCUUGCCGGAAUGGCAAGCCUGUAAAAAUGAUUUUCUUUGUACCCUGUUAUGCCUCUUGGUUAAAUAAGUUUUCAUUUAACUCACUACAGGAUUUGAUCAAGCAAACCCCUGAGGAUCAUGCCGAUUAUGAAGUGCUCACAAAUGUUCUGAAUACAACCAAAGACUUCCUUGCAAAGAUCACUGGGGAUGACAGAGACAGUGGCGUGAGUAAUAUGUUAGGGUCUAGUAAUAUUGCUGUAGCCACAAAGCACUCAGAAACUUCUAUUUUCAAAGUCCUUUGAAAACCCAUAUCCUAGUGGCUUUAGGGAUAGGAAUAUUGUUUAGGUCAUUCAUCUGUUGAACAUUAAUUGUUAGUUUGAAGGACAAGCCUUUAUAAUUUCAAGGUUUUUUUUGUGUGUGCUCAAAUGAAAAAAAGUUUUAUUUAUUAUCAUUUUUGUGCAAUAAGUUAACAUGCAAUCAAAGAGUUAAUGGAUCACAAUCUACUGUAGCUACAAAAUAGGUGAAAGCUGUUUUAGAGAGGUCCUGAGGUUAAUUCAUCUUUAUCCAGGUCAUACAAAGAGCGAAGAAAGAUCACAGGCUUAUCAAAGAUGCUUUUAUUGUUGAACUUGCAGGUAAUUGUUGACAUGUACUUGUAAAAACUGCUUGUAGAAGGUAUUGACCAUUUAACACCCCUGAAGUGGCAAAAAUCAGAAUUAGACUAAAAGACCAAAUUUCAUUUUGAAAAUGCUAUUAAAAAAAGAUAAUGUUACUAUGUAAGAGUACUACCACAGAAGUUUUAUUUGAAUGGUCACACUGCAAUACUCUGUCCACAGACUCGAAAGUUAAAACCGCCUUACAAGACUUCGUCAUUCACUCUUAAGUAUCGUUGGUAUUGUAGAAUUUUGUAUGAAAAGUGUAGUUUUCUAUUAUUAAGCCUCGCAUGAUGUUUACUUGCAGAUGGAGUUCGGAAAUUUAGACAUUUGUUCUUAUUCAAUGACUACAUCAUUUCUACCAAGAGAAAAAUUACUGCCAGGUUUGUGUUAAUUGAUUUUGUGGUAAGCUUAAUGCAAUAAAAUAUUUGUUCUUUAUAGGGUUGUUUUUAGUUAUAUGACUGUCUUUGUUAGCCUUUGUGGCCCUAUGUUAAACAAUUAAAAAUGGUUAUUUUUUAUCUUUUUGUAUUAAAGAAAGUCAUUUUGUAUAAAGUCACUUUUGACAUAACUUUUAUUGUUUUGUUUUUAGGAGUGAACAGUAUGUUUGCAAGUGGUAUAUUCCUUUACACGAGUUGCAAUUUCAUCCAACAGAAAUCUCAGAAGGUUAGUUUAGUUCUGUCUUUUCCGCCCUUAAUGUUGAUAUUUGUAAAGCAGGUAAAUUGAUACUGGGCGAGCCUUAUUAGAAGCGGAGCUUUCGCUCAAGAACUGAAAGACUGGUAAAAACAUCCAAGCCAUGAUAUUUUGUAAGGUUUGCAAAUAAACGAGACGGAGAGACGAAAUGUACGGUAAUUAAACGGCCGCUUACGGUUUGCCUUUUACUGUCUGUCGAGUCAACAUACACCACAAAAUGGACUGCAGCGUUUUGGGCGCUAAGAAAAAUAAAAUCUAAACAAUUAGUCGACAUUUUCUUUUGUUUUGCCACUAACUGGACUUAACGUACGUAAGGUUCUGUGCAUUGAACCGAAAUUUAGAGCGCUGUGUAGCGAAACUGGGUAGUUUUGUACACGGUGCUCGGCUUUAUUUGUAAUUUAUACUUUGCGUUCAAUUCAACACUAACCAAUUCUUUUAGCCACAGUGUAAAUAGAACAUUAACUCGAAUCCAACUACUGCUGGUCGACCAGAUAAACAACAAAACAACUUCUGACAACUUUCCUUUUUCUCGCUCGUUAACUUUGUCAUGCGGUGAGCUGUCUUUCAAAUUUUUCUCGUUCUUAGCCUUUUUUCAACAAUUUAACUCUGAAAACUACACUAUUUUGAUGUAAGAAAAAGUAAAAUAAGUAGUUGAAAGCAAUACUCACGUUUUUGCGUCUGUUUUUUUACGUGAAGAGUGCCUCCUUCACAUUAAAAACGGCAAACAGCUACAAGUGAUAAACUUCCUCCAGAAUGCCCGUUUGUUUUUUAUCUAGGCACGGGCUGCACGUGCUGCACGUUUCAUUCAGCAACUUCUCUGCAAUUUGCAUAAUUAGAGCGCAUGUAAACGACUUUGGCAUAAAAGUGUUUUAGCCCUUUUUUAACGCAAAUUGUCGAGAAGUUGCUGAAUACCACAUACGUUUCGCUUGUGCCAAGAAAGAGAAGAAAAUGAAGUUUUGGACUGAAUAUGAGGCUAAACCUACAAGUAAAAGGAUAUUAUGGUAUUGUAAGGAAAGGCCUUGGUAUAAGUAGCGGGAAAAAAUGAUGCUUUUUUUGCCAUUUUCUUUUUUGCUUUAAUUUUUUUAGCACCACAAGUCAUUCCGGUCACCAGUAAAGCUGAUUUUGAUAUGCUUAAGAGCAGAAUCGCGAGCACAAAAGCCGAAAUACGACGAGAAGGAGGAGGAAUGAGCACUAGUCAUAGUCCAGACUCCUCUCCCUCAUCCAAGGUAUGUUUCCCACCCCCCUUCCCCCACCCCCUUCCACCUAUUUUGCCCCAAACAGGGUCAUUUCCUUUCAUUUGUCAUCUCAAGUCUGAAACCUGUUUGUUUAAGAUUGAUAGACUUCUCAUGGAUUGAACAUCUUUUAUGUCCACAGCGUCGCCGUAUGCAGUCUGCCUCCAAAGUAGUAGAAAAGAUGAAGAAGCGGUUAGCUGAGCAGGUAACUUGACUAAACCGCAUUAUUUGAGUGAAAGUGUUAACGUUUAUGUGGCCGUAAAAUUCCGGCUUGAACAGGGAAUUGAUUACUUUUUUUUUAAUUCAAAUCGCCUUUCUAGAACGUAGUUAACAACUUCCUAGCUGACUCUGAGCAAGAAACCUUCACUCUCUUACACAAACUGCUGCUACAACACAAAGAGAUAGUUUGUCGUAAACUUCUUGAAAGAAAGCUAAAGAGUACGCGAAGUUUCAGACCCAAUUUCAGAUCUUACAAAAGGUGGCCAAACUCUCUUUCAUUUACAGUUUGGUCACAGAAAACUGUGAAUGGUGAAGCGCUUGAGUUAAAACUGGAACCCUUAUGGGUAGGAGAUUAUUCUCGCGGAGCCGUGAGCGUUCGAGAUUUUUAGUCUGGGUGAAAUCGUGUUCGAUUGACUGUACUCUGAAAUGAGAAUGAAUGUAAUUGACCGAAAACGUUAUAUGUUUAAGAAGAAUUUUUAUUGCACACUAUCAAUGAAAUGUACCUUCUAGUGUGACCACUAAAGUGAAAGUUACUGAGCUUCACUUUUAAAGGGAUAUUUUUCUGUCUUAAGUAUUUAGUAAAUAAUCUGUGUGUAAAUUUCUUUUACUCCUUAGGAAGCUGCCCUUUUGCUAGCCAUUCCAAGCCUGCCUCUUACACUGUACCACAAGCAGGGCAAGGUAUGUUGAAAGUCGUUUAUAACUGGCCUUUUCUUAUCAUAACUUAACCACGUUAACCCUUUUAUUUCCAGAAGCAGCCAAAGUUAAAUUUACCCCCAAAUUUGAAAUUUCAUCUUGUAAAGUGCUGAAAAAAAAUAGUACCUCUUGAAAGUAAUGCAAAAACGGUUUCAUUUGAGUGGUCGCACCAUAGGAUUUCGUCCGCAGACUCGAAAAUUAGAAUCGCCGUACCAGAGUCCGUCAUUCACCGACUCUGAUAGUGAAUGAUGGAAAUUUCCAUGGAAAAAUUUCCCUUGGUGCUAUACAUUACCCUUUUCAAGGUCUUUCAAGCUUUUAAAUGAGCGGAAAAAUCAGCAAAAUGGCAUAGCUCCGCGUAUACACCAGCUCGUUAACUAUUCGUCGAAGUACGAACACACGAUUCGUGUGUCAUUUUUACCCACGUCUCCCUUGUGCUACAAUUUGUGAUCUCUUAAUGUAAAUGAUAGCUGCGAUGAAACGGUUAUUUGGUGAUAACAUUUUUUCAUGUUCAGAGACGUUCGGUGCAUGUUCUCAGUGUGGAUAAAACCAUUCGGCCUUAUCCUUGUACAUGGUAGCCGCCGUCGGAAUAGUGCAAGCCUGCGAGCAAGCUCUCCUAUUAGGGCAAGCUUUGCCGCUCGCUCGGGCGUUCUCGCGAGACUCGCUUCACUCACCCAAAUAGGAGAGUUUGCUCGCAGGCUAGAAUCGUGCAGCAACGUUUGUUUCCAGAAUCGUAUAAAAAAAUUACUGUUUCCUCCAGUUCUCGUAGUUUUGAUUGGUUUUGAAGCACAAUGGGGAAAUAAUUCCACUAAAAGCAACAUAGUUUUUGUCAUUCCCACACAAAUUCGUUUCAAGGUGUACGUAACUUCUGCCCUAUUUUUUCUUCUUAUUUGCAUGAGUUAAUUUUUCAGGAGUUUGCACCAUAAAUAAGUAAUCAUUUUUGUAACCCCUGUUGUCUUUUUUUUAAACAUUUACUGCAAACAUUACUUGGCGAAAAUAAUUACUAUAUAGACACUUGUGAAACUCUUUUUACUUGUUUCAUAAAAAAUAGUUGAAACAAAGAAUUAAAGAAUUUGGAAUUAAAGUGGUGGAAGUUUAUUGUGCCUUUUAAUUUUCAGACAUACACAUUACUUUGUAAAAGCGAUGUUGAGAGAGCCGAGUGGAAGGAAAAAAUAAUCCCUCUGUUGGAACAGAACGAAGGUAUGUAAAACUUAAAUGUUGCGGUUUUGUUCAUCUGUUUAUGUCAAUCCGGUGAGCAAGAUCUUGGAUGUGGUGCUAAUUUGAUGGUUUUGUCAAUAUUUAUAUUGUUCAAAACGAUUUUUAAUCGAUUUGCAUAUACAGUCCAAACAUAAGUUGACGAACUGUCUUAUUCAAAUAAUGCUUAUCUAUGUUCUUGGAGGCCUUUAUUGUCAACUUAUUUUUUUAAGGCAUCUUAAAUUUGUGAAGUUGCAAAAGGAUUUAACGUGAGCCCUUGUUUAGACAACAUUUUUUUUUUCGGUAUCACGUUUCUCUAAUGAUUGUUCCUGCCCUCAACCUUAGAUAAUCCGCCAGCGGAAACUCUGAGCGUGCUAGAUUUGCAUCACUUGUUAGAAGCCUGCAAAAAGGUUAGUAUCUUAGUUGUUUUCUAUAAAUGUAAACUCUGAGUCCAUCUCCACACGACGACGCUCUUUCCCGUUUGCAGAAACGGCGGGAGAAGAGGGUCGCCUAUUUAGCGUUCGGAUCAACAAGGACGUUGAUUGGUUAAUCGCUUUUGUUUGCCGCGGGUGACUUGUGUCAGAGCGACAUCCCGAAGCGAUUAAACUGACAGAUUAAUUACAAUUCGACCUCAGUAUUUGUUUAUUCAGAUCCUCGAUUUACAGCUUUUCUACUGAGGCACAAAUCCUGUGUGUCUCGGAUCUUCGGUUUCAAAGAUUCCAACGAUCCAAGUAUCUCUUGCGCUUCCAUGUCAGCGAAAGUGAAAUUUUCCCUGUCUCCAAACCUUAAACUAUCUCGACGCGGGUCGACAUCGCCCUUGGAAUGUGGGGAAAAGAAAUCGCCUCUUUUUCGCCGCGGUUCCUUGUCGCCGAAUCUUCGUUUGUUACGGAGGGCUUCCGACUCUAACUUCCUAAAAGAUUCGCAUUCCUUGGUAAGAAACGUUUCCCUCUUCUGUGUUAUAAUGGUGUUGGCAUAUCUGUUGGGAUUGCGCGAAUAUAGCUAACUGCUUGAUAAUAUUCACUUGUAUAAGUUCAUAAUACUUUCGUUUGUUUGUAUAAGGAUGUUGCAAUCUUAAGGUGACGGUGAAAUUGCUCUUUUUACCCACAAAAUUGCAGUCGUUAAUUUGUUGGUCUAAAGCUACAAGCGUCGUUCAGAAACUUGUGUUUUUCUCGGUCUGUUUUCAUGCUGUGCAGCUCAGUUUUUCUUGCAAGUCUGAUACCGAAUGGGCUAGAUAUUUGUAUUUUUCUGCCUCAGAUUUUGGGUUAAAACAUUUCCCUCAACAUUUGGAAAGUUUGUCAAUUAUUUUCCGGGUCUCAACAAACUAUACACGUUUAGACACAUUUUGUCUUUGCGGUUGAAAUGGUCAUUGCUGUACUUUAACAUAACUAUAUCGCUAUACAUAAUCUGUUCCUUUUAAACUACACGCUGUGCAAAACAUUUUUCGAUACAAGUUGGGUGGGAAAACUGCAUGUCCGUUCCUUUUCCAGUCUUGGCCGGCUUUCUAGCUGCUUUCGUUUAUGUACCAGAAUAAAUACUUAAAGUUUAGUAGUUACACCAGCUCUGAAAUUACGUAUUUCUUUGUAACUAAUCCGUGUGAUACAAUUUGGUUUGUUGAGAGGUCGUAACUGAGAUAUUUUUCAUAAUGACCUCCGCGCACCUCGGCGCAUUCUUAGCAAAUUUCUCACCUCUUGAUUCAUUUUAAUCCUUAAAUUUUCCGCUUUGGUCACGAUAUUUUAAGGGGUUAUACCGUGUAUUUUUAGUAACACUUUGAGGAGCAGGAUUGCUUGAACCCGUGGAAGCCUAACAGUAAUCCGAUCUUGCUAUUGCAUCGAGUCGCUAGAAACUGAAAAUGAAAUGGAGAAUGAUUAUCGUCUCUGGGUUUGUCAAAAACACUUUCACUGGGUCUCUCGACGGGUAUGAGGGGGAACCUUAUUUUCAGUGAUUAAAUAUUCUGUCACGUUGAAUUAAAACUCAGAGGGACACUUACGUAGCUAGAGACAGUGUACCAUCUGAAGUUCUUUCCGCACUAGUGCCCAUACCGAAUAGUGAACUUCCUUUGUACUCAGUUUUGAGCUUGUCCAUGCAAUCCUGUAAUGAAAGUUCUUAAGCACUCCUUGCACGCCUUUGGUUGGAUACUGUUUUGAUCAGGGUUUUUGAUCAGAAAACGUCCUCCGAAAAAAACAAAUCAAAAUUUCCCGAGAUUUUUGAAGGGUCGACCUCACUGUGGAAGGAUCAGUGGCCUCCCUCUUUAUUAGAUUCUUAUUUUUAGUACAAACUUUGCCAUAUUUAGUUCAUUUUUCUUUUAGUAAAGUCGAAACCAAUGGUCCAUUCGCUGUUCCUUGAGCAUCCCGUAGAAUUUGCACCUGUUUUUAACUGUCCCUAUUGAAUUUAAUUUAUGAUAUUAGUGUGGUGACGUUUUUCACGCAUUCCUUUUCAGCUGAGAACUUGCAAGACGCUAGGGAGAGUUUCUAUGAAAGAAGGUACAAAUAAUUUUUAAUCCCCAGCACUACCUAGCCGCUUUCUUCUUGAAUUUCGUUUCUUAAUUGUAGCCAGAAAUGACCGAAAUAUUAAAAUAACAACUUAAUUGGUGAAAAAAAUAAAAGAGCUACACGUAAAUGACCACAAGGGGGCAUGGAUGGUAAAAGCGGGUAGGGUUUUUUAUAUAUUACUUUGGUGGACUGCUCCCAUAUUUAAGCUACAUAGGUAUAUGUGCCAAGGAAUGGGGUGAGGGAUUUUGAAGUGCUCAUUCCUUAAGUAAGGUUUUCGUUUAGGUAUUGUGGACCUUUCACAGGACGCCAAGAAUCACAGGACCUAAGCCCCUGCUAAAAACCUCCUGAACUACGUGUUAACUAAACAAUUCAGCGGAGCUUACUCUUCUUCAUGUGGUGGAAAAGAAAUGAUAAAAACAGCCGGUUCGGACGGUUUCGCGUGAUCGGUUAGGAUGUCAUUUUUCCUAACUUGACAGGAAGGUCCCGGGGGGGAGGGGGGUAUGGGGGAUAUGAUUCUCAUGUUGCUCGCUAAUUCAUCUCACUUAAAAACACAUACAACACAUGGAAACGUUCGUUCUGUAACGUCUUUGCGUUGACUCUUCCUAUUCUAAUAUUGCAGAUAAAGGACUCCUUAAUGGUCUACUAUACGUUCAUAUUCACUCUGGUCGAGGAUUUCACAAAAAUGGUAACUAAAGCAACCAUGUUUUACCCCACCCCCCUCGCUCCCUACGCCCCACAAUGGACUCCAAACACACAAACACCCAAAAUCCUGAGUCCCUCGCUUUCACAACCCAUAUAUUGAUGAAUGAAUCAGUUUUUCGCCAAAAUAAGACGAAAAUUCGUGAGUUAAAUCGAAAACUAACGUUACAAAAUUGAAAUUGUUUUAUUUCAGGCUACUCUUGUGUAAAGGAAAAAGUUUAUGUAAUUGAGACGUGUGGGCUCUUAAUGACAUCCCACGCUGCUUCCGUAGUAAGAUCGUUGUAAAGCCUACAAUUACGCACAUAAACAAAAUCAUAUCCUUAUGGCAACUUAGUGGAAACAAAAAUUAGCGCGGUAGAAAGUCACGUAUUUAGCGGUUUCCUUAUUACUGGUGCAAAACCUUUACCCUCGGUAAUCACUUAACUAAUCCCAACGCCUACAGAGUCGCGUAAUAUAAACAUGCGUCGUUCAAAAUUUAUAAUGAAGGUCAAAUCGCUGUAUUAGCUUUGUGCUAAUACAGGUAACUUUAUACGCCAUUUUUUCAGUGCCAAAGAUGUUUUUCAUUCCUGAACCUGUUUCUUUGAAUGUUUCAGAUCUGAGCUGCGCAGUGGAAGUUGAUCAUUUCGGACAGUUUGUGCGUAAAGCCAGAACAAGAACAUGUAAGGCUGCCACGGAUCCUGUCUGGGACCAGGUGAGUUCAUUUGAUCAAUUAGACUGACUUCAAUCGGUUUCUAUUUUUCAAAUUCAAUAUCUCUAACAACUUGAAAACAGCACGAGCGAGAAUUUUGGACCAGAAGGACUGGCGAGAGAUGUCAGAGGGUCCCAAUCACCCUCAGGUUCAUAUCGCGCGUCCGCGUUAAUUUGACGAGAAAAAAGCGAUCUUUGGGGUUUGUUAUCACAUCUUUGCUUGAGCCUAAAUUGAUGAUUUUAGUUUCUUAUUUUUAGGACUUUGAUGUCGAGGUGGAAGGUACAAGGGAACUCAAGCUUCACGUGUAUUACAAGAGCCGACUUAACUUUGACGAGCACCUCGCUCAAGGGAAAAUUGAGGUAAAAAGAAAUUAUGUGCGUGGUGGACCGGUGAGUGUUGCACCGCGUUUACAAGAACGUCGUCUUAAGCCAAGUCUUUUGGUGCAAUAAAUUCCAGUCCUCGCCCCUGAAUAUUUACUUCUGUCUCCGUUGGUUCCAGUUCACUUCUGCUAUGGUCCGAUUACCUGCUCACAGCACCACUGGGUGGCACUCACUGAACCUAUCCGAUGUGUGACGCUCCACUUUCGAGAUCGGCGCCGCGUAGUUUCGUUCCGUUACAGAAAUCGCGCCAAAAUCACCGUUCUUCUGUGUAAACAGAAGUCCAGUGAACAUAACCUAAGAUUCCUUAUGUAACAGCUAUUACAUGAUUCGCGUCCUCUAGAAAAAUGUUUCUUUGUAAAAAUAUCCACUUACAGAGUUGCUGUGUUACCCUUUUCCAGCUUCUAAAAGAAAAUUUGACCGAUCUGACGAAGAAGACGAUUACAAUCACCUUGGAUAAGCAGGUACAAAUCAUAUUUACCUUGAUCCGUUUUGCAAGUUACACCUUGAUGGUGUCAUAAACGCCGUUUUAUAUCCUAUGCUACAGGUAUAUACGAUUUGCUUGAAAAAAAAAAAAAACACACAGGUCAAUCUCCAAGAAGAUUAGUUGCCUACCUACUCAUCCGCUGUAUAAUUUGUUGACCAGAGUUAUAGAAAAUUCAUAACGUCUGAGAACUCAAACAAGCCUACUACCCUGUGUUAAAACGGAACGUUUUUAAAGCUAGUUUAUUAAUAGACUGUAUUUUAAAUGUACUUUUACUUUUUAACUAAUACUAUUAAACAUGUAAAUAUAGGUGUUUAUUUGUACUUGUAUAUUCCGGCAAUAAAGACUUAACGUGUAUCAGUUUAUAACUAUCUCUGUUUGCCACGCAGGGGGCGGUCACGCUGUCGCUACAGUAUUCUAAAUCGCCAAAAGGAAUUCAGAGGAAAAAAUCUUUGGGUGAAAAAGGAGUUUUUGGAGUCGAUAUUGGUACCGUCUCAAGGUAAGUCAUUGGUCCUUGUUGCAAAGACAUUAAAAAAACUCUUUAAAAAAGCCGUUUUUUGAGUGUCAAUGUAUUUAGCACGAAAGUGCUAAUUGAGGACACCAUUUUACGUCCCCUACUGGAUAAGGGACCGCCAUUUUGCCCGGUUAUCCGAACCAUGUAAAGGUCUGGUCCUUUGUAGGAAAAGGCAGUACUUUCAUUUCUCGGUUAUUUUAAGACCUUGAAAUUAUGGUGGUCUAGUCUAGGGAAUUGAACCUUCGACCUAUCGCUCCGCAGUCAAGCGCUGUACCGAUUGACGCGGUUACGUUGUAUCUCUUGUGGGAAUCUUCCUUUCUAUAAACUUUAUCACUAGCUGCCUUCGUGUCCCCGUUGGUCCAGCAUAUUUUUAGUAGUGCCUUCUAAGGUGGAGAACUACUGAGAAGACGCGCCUAUCACUCGUUGUUUCGUUGAUUAGAAAUCCCGGCCAGUGGUGUCAUAUGGCUCAAUGUUCGGCGUCCUUCCCUUUCUCUUUCUUAGAAAAAUAUCGUAACUAUCACUGGUCCAUUUUCUUAGUUACAUCGCAAGUUGAAAAACUUUUGAUUCGCUUGUGGAACCACCUGGUUGUUAUAUGAUGAAACAAACAUGUUCUUUUCUUUGUAGACGAGAAAAUAGCGACAUUCCUUUGGUUGUCAUUGGAUGUGUGCAGGAAAUCGAAAAGAGAGGUAAAUCUAAAGGGCUUUUUGGAAUACUGAAUUCCAUCAGUAAAACAUUCUUAACUUUGUCCUGCCAACAGAAGCUGGUGUUUAGAGGAAAGCAAACGUCGUUUGGAGAAAAGUUCGUUAAGACCCCUGAUUAGCUUCGGCUGAGUAUUGUCUAAUCAGGCUGAACCACGAUCACUGAUGAAUAACAUGAAAGUUGUCGUGAGAAUUAAUACAAUGAUCAUUAAAUCGCAAAUGCUUUGUUCUUUCAUCAAAUUCUCCAAACUAAUUUUUUAAGGAAAAGUGUGGAGAAGAAUUUGUAUGUUGAUAUCUGGGCUGAAAGGGUUUUAAAACACUUACUAAACAAGUAAAACCUUUAUUUCAGGGAUGGAAGAAGUUGGAAUCUACCGUUUAUCAGGAGCUACUUCUGAAGUUCGUAGGCUUAAAGACGCUUUCGAUAACAGUGAGUACCGUGUACUAUUUGUUUUGCCUCGAAACUACGAUUUUUUUCUUUUUGGGUGAUGAUGUAUCCAUUUAUAUCCAUAUGCUUGGCUUUUGUAUGCCCGUAAAACAAUAAUGAAGAGAUGGAAAAAACUCUUGCCCAACGUACACGUAAAUCUGGAUAUAUGAAAUAGUAAAUAAGGCAAAAUAAUUGCGCGAUGAAUUGUAAGUUCAAAUGCCGAUUGCAAACGUGGAGAAAAUAAGAACAUACACGUCCAAAACGUUUUGUCGCUUGAGUGCCCAGUUUUUUCUCCUCUCGCUUGACAACUAAUCGAGGCCACUUUUCUGGUCCAUCUUUCAGACAGUCAAAGUGCGUUGGUGCAGGUAGCUGAGGCAGACAUACAUGCUGUAGCAGGUCUACUGAAAAUGUACCUCAGGGACCUUCCUGAACCGCUCUUCACAGAUGAUCAUUAUCCUCAGUUCGUUGAAGCAAACAGUAGGUUUUCAUUUAAACUUUCUUUUUAGUGAUAAUCACCGUUUGCCUAAAGUAGCAAGUUUAAGUGCCCUAAGUUGAGUAGGCGGCAAGUCAUGCUACAAUCUUGGACAAAACAUGUGAAGAAUUUUGCACUUUCUUACCCGCAGGACUUCCAUCCUGCAUAUUUGGUACCUCAAUGACCCCUUCCCCCACCCCAGCCUGGUCAAUGUUGUUCAGUCGGGGGCAGAAAUGAUCCAGCCGGACUUCAACAUUGUUUUGGGGAUGAAGGGGAGAGUAUUUGUCAUUGCCAGUGCUUUUAAGAGCUUUUUCUUGAAAUUAGACAUGACAACGUCCGUUUUCUGAUCAUUUUUGUCCAAGUUUGUAGGUGUUUAAGGCUAAGCCUAUUUAAUUUGAACCGAAAGAUUUCAGCACUAAAAGUACUCUCAUGCCGUAAAAGCAGUUGGAUGUGGGCAAAACAGCUUUUUAGUUAUGAAGAUGUGAGUUACGAAAGAAAACUGAGGUGCCAGCUUGGUGGGGGAGUGAAACAUGCAAAUUUGAUUUUAGUGGUGGAAACAUGGUAACAUUAAGGACAUUCAGUUGAAUGAAAAUUGCUCAUUGAUUCUCCGGUCAGGAAUAUUGAGUGCCGAUUUGAAAGACACUGAAGUUUUGAUUCUAGAAUUUUGUGACUUGUCAUGUUGCCUUCUUGCUGUUUUAAGGCAGUAUAAACAUGGUAUCAUAUUUUCAAAGUGAGUCCAUACACAGUACCCUUGGGUUCGUAGGUCUAAUUCCGUUUUUUAGGGCUAUGGGGAACUAAAACUUAUAUAGUUGUUUUCUUAGAAAUUUCUUUUGUCGGUUUUGAAUACGAGGUAGGAAACGCUAUAAUCGGCUGAACAAACGUGUAUCUUUUUCUUUUUCACACUUGUCCCUUACAAAUUUACUCACAUUUUUAACCUCACUUCCUUUUUAGGAAUCAAGGAUGUCGAAGAAAAAAAGAAAGCGAUGACGGAAAUAUUUGAAACAUUGCCCACUCCAAAUCGUCUUACCUGUGUUUAUUUACUGGAUCAUCUAAGAAGGUCUGUAUGUAUAUGCGCUAAUACUGAUAAAUAAUUAUGUUAAGAAUAAUAUUAUUUAUUUAUAUAGUGGCUAAAUGUCUUAGUGGCAAAAAUUAAUUCGCUUCUCUGUAAAAUGAAAUUAAACGCGAGGCAGUGCUAGCCAGCGGUUUCUGAAGUUGCAGCUCGUGUGUGCUGCGGGGCAAGGCGCUGAGCUAGCUAGCCUUCAAGACUCAUCAGGGCUCAUGUGCUUAUAACCACGUGGCUCAGCCAUACUUUAGGUACGUAAUAUCACUAUAAAAAAUAUUCGACGGUCCUUGCAGAGGUAAGGAGAAUGUUAUGAUAAAACGUGCUAAAAGAGGCGAUUGGGUGUUUAGAAUACAGUUAAAAGUAAUGCCCUUGCGGGAUUUAUUCUAGAAAUUGGCCAAUGAGGGUCAAAUGGACCCCCUUCUGUAAUUUUAGGGGGCCCUUUUACAAGAAAGGUGGUCCCCAAAAAGGUAUUUGAACUUAUUGGCACAGACUGUUCCGUGAGAAAACGAACGUUUAUUGACGCUUUGCCGCCAUUUUCGAACAUUUUGGGCAACUGGAAAAGCCUGGGCACGAAUUACCGCAGAAUCCCGGAUUUAAGUUUAUAGAGCGGCCGUCAAAUCAGUGUUGCUGUCAGUGAUGUUUUCGAAUACUUUACUUCAAAAAUAGUAGUUAUCUUUGGUCUAUUUUUUUGGCGCCCCAUUUGACGCGGCAACGUAAAUUUUAUGCGGCAUUAUUUCCAUAUUGCGGAAAUCCCACAAGGCCCGCGCUCUAGAAUAAGACCUGCCCUUGAUGAAGAGCAUUUCAUUGAUUAAACGGGCGAACUUGCGUGUAAAUUUCUUCAAGACUUUGAAGGGAUGAUUGGUAGUAGACCUUUUGUUCAAAGUAUGUUACAUGACGGGAUACUUUCCGAUCGCAGAAACGACUAAUGAUUGGCCGGCGUAUUAAGUUUGCUUUUUUAACUUAAAUUUGUAAUAAUUUUUUGAUAGAUUAAGUGUGCAUCAAGAUCAGAACAAAAUGGGGCAAAAUAACUUGGCAACUGUAUUUGGUCCCAAUGUUCUCCGUCCGUCUUCAAGUAGCGGGACUGACCCAACAGAUCUCGCGCAAGGUACACUGGAUGUUAUGAGCCAAGUAGGAAUAUUCUUGUGGUUCCUUAAAUGUAGCUCUCUCCAGCUCCCCACGGAUCCAGAGCUCAUGCGUAGACUUGAUCCCGGAAGAAUGCUUGAAGCUACAACCUUGCCAUCCGAGAGUCCAGGUAGACUGAUAUGA